UGCUGGUGCCGUGACGCAUUGCUUGGCUGAGAAAUGCCAGUUUUGGAGCUAGAUUUUUUUUUAUGUCCUGUGUUAGGUGGUAUGCGAUGUUUGCUGGCUCUUGAUCGUCGGGUGGACGUCGUUUGGGGUUUGGAAACGAAAUUGAUUCUAGAAACAGGAGGAUCACGGGAGGAGAAUAUGCGAGAUCCAUUCGAUGCCCCUGUUGAUUUCAUUGGCGCAGGUCAUCGUCCAGGGAAUGAGCUUACCAGCUUGUCUGUUAGGGACUAUGGCUUGCAAAAUGGUGAUGCUAAACCCUUCAUUCCGAACUCCGACACUCUAGUCAGGCAUCCGCUCCAGGGCGCAUCCCUCCGCAAUGACUUAAUUGCAGAAGAUCCUAAUACUCGUUUGAUGGAUCCUGAAACUAAGGAGCUUUACAUUAGAUCACGGACACAGGAAGAAGAGAUCCUGUUGCUUCGCAAACAAAUUGCUGAUGCAUCUCUCAAGGAGCUGCAGCUGCUGAGCGAAAAACAUAUUCUGGAGAGGAAGCUUUCAGACUUGAGGAUGGCUGUUGACGAGAGGCAGGAAGAUGCUAUAUCUGGUGCUUUGAAGCAACUGAAUGAGAAAAAAAACCACAUUGAAGAAAAUAUGAGAUUGGCAAAUGAACUAAAAGGUGAGGAAGAAGAGCUUUACUUGUUCACUUCUUCAUUGCUUGGUAUGUUAGCAGAAUACGAUGUUCGCCCACCUCAAAUAUAUCCUUCAACCAUUACAACGGUUACAAAGCGCUUGUACCAACAGAUGCAAUGGAAGAUCAGAUCGUUAAAUGACAGUUUAGGCGAUAUAAGUCAACCUGGAAACAUAUAUAAUCCCAAUCCUCAACAAGCAACUCCGUUGAGAAACGACACUUCCUCAUCUUACAAUAUGGUUGCGAACAGGAACAAUUUCCCUCAGUAUGCUCAAGAUCCAAAUGAUCGACAUGCUGAGCAAAUGUACAAUGGAUCCACUUUUAAUCAGGAUAUGGUAGCUCCUACUCACUCUAAUUAUUUUGAAGAAAAUCCUGGUCCUAGAGAAGCAAGAUUAGAUGAUGACUCACAGUUCUAUAGGAAUGAUACUCAAGAGUACUCAGCUGAUGGUGAUCCAUUACCUGGUAUUGAGGGAUUUCAAAUUGUCGGCGAUCCUAGGCCAGGAUCUACUUUAAGAGCAUGUGGUUUCCCUACAAAUGGUACUACACUUUGUAAUUUCCAGUGGGUUCGCUGUCAUGAAGAUGGCACCAGGUAUUCUAUUGAAGGUGCUACGAUGUAUGACUAUGUGGUUACUGCAGAUGAUGUUGGCACUCUUCUUGCUGUAGACUGCACUCCUAUGGAUGAUAGUGGCCGCCAGGGUGAUUUGGUGAGGGAGUUUGCUAACAAUGAGAACAAGAUAACUUGUGAAAAUGUCGAGACACUACUCUUUUUUUGCGGGAUCUCGAGACACUACUAUUAAUUAGUAGUCCAUUGUAUCCUGUUGGUAAAGUGGAAGUUCAUCUACAUGAAAUGCCUUUUUCUAUGUUUUAUCAUGUUUGAUAAAUCAACCCCUUAAUAUUAAUUUAAUUUAAAUUAACCAUAGACUAUAUUUUAGCCUUUCCUGCUGUUGCGUGCUUGCCACUGUACAUACCAUCUUCCAUGGCAGGGUCGUGAUACACUGAUACUCCCUCCCAUCCAUAUUAGUUGUCGCUGAAACGGAUGUAUCUAGAUGUAUUUCAGUGCUAGAUACAUCCGUUUGAGCGGCAAGUAAUAUGAAUAGGAGGGAGUGCUAAUUUUUUGAAUAACACUAUUACUCUAGACAUAAUUAAAAUUCUUUGCAUUUCUUUUCUUGAAAACAAAAACUGAAUGCUCGUAAUGAUGGUACAUGCUUGUGGGAAAGUGCAUUUUGUAGAAAAUGAGUUACAGACUUGUACUCAACUUAUGGAUAGGAAACAUGUAUGUUUGUGUCAUUAUUUUGCUCAUCUGAAAGAACUUGAAGGGGAUGGCAAUGCUUACUUACACAUACUCCUGAAGACCACCAAAGUUAGUGAACUUACAUUUUCAAGUUUUGUGGUAAUAUAGGGUAUUAGGGAUUGGGAUUUGGUUCUAUGCGUAAUAUAGGGUUUUGUGGUAAUUUUCCAUACCUUAUCGCACAUGAUAAUAUAGGGUUUAGUUCUUUGGUUAAUGUAGGUUUUUUUUGGUAAUUUUCCAUACCUUGUCACACAUGAUAAUAUAGGGUUUAGUUCUUUGCGUUUUCUCGAAAAAGAUGAGGUAUAGUGUACAUACAUUUUCAAGUUUUGUGGACUAUUCUUAGAAUAGCUCUGCAGUUGAUUUACACUUCAUUUUCUUAGAAUUAUCCAAGUUCUGUUCUAUA